UCGUGAAUAACGCCGGUAUCACCUUCGACCUGGAAACUCUGCAGCCGAUCUGGAGUGCCGAUGAGGAACUGUGGGACGAUAUACAGCAAGUGAACUCGAAAGGCGUGUUUCUUGGGUGUAAAUAUGCAUCCAGGCAGAUGAUCAACCAAGAUCCUCACCCGAACGGAGACCGCGGCUGGAUCGUCAAUGUCGCGAGUAUCUUCGGGAUGGUGGGAACGAGCAACUUUGCUAGCUAUUGUGCUUCCAAGGGUGCCAUUGUCAACAUGACAAAGGCGGUCGCAUUGGAUUGCGCGCCUCACAGGAUACAUGUCAACUGUAUCUGUCCUGGCUGGAUCUCGUCCCAGAUGACAAGCGAGGUACUCAGAGACGAGGAGACGCAGGAACACAUAAUCAGCCUGCAUCCGUUCCGAGGAUUAGGCAUUCCGGACGACAUUGCACGUGCCGCUGUGUUCCUAGCCUCGGAAGACUCUUCAUGGAUAACAGGAGUCGCAUUGCCCGUCGACGGAGGGUACACGGCCCGG